AUGCACGGACUCCUCUUCUAUGUGCUCCAAGACUGUAUAGUGAUGCGGGACCCACUGGGCGAGAUAUACGAUCUUCAAGGAAGCUCUACUCAAUGCGCCCGGAAUUUCAGCGCAGGGAUCGAAACUUACGAGCUCUUGGCCAUCCCGAGUUUUGAGAGUAUCUUGGCCCUGACAAUAGCGAUCAUGAAAGCGCAGGAUGAUGCAAAGCCAUGGCUAUGCUCGACGUUUCUCUCGGCGGCUGCGAGACACUGCCAAGUACUGGGCUACCACCGAGAGACGACAUACCAAAACGAUAACACUGGAAAUACAGAAAACAUGCGCCGACUCUUCUGGUCUAUAUACAUGUUCGACAAGAACAUGUCACUCUACUUCGGGAGAGCUUCCAAUAUCCAAGAUUUCGAGAUAGACACCGGAUACCCAGCUAUUUCCACCGAUCCCGGCGCGCAGCUCUGGGACCAAGCUACCGUCAUCAGUAUCCAGCUCGCCAGACUCCAGGGCCAAAUCUAUGAUAGGUUAUAUUCGCCAUCGGCGCAAAAGGCAUCUCAUUCCGAGCGAGAACGCCGAAUCGACGAUCUAGCUUCUCAACUGGAGGAGUGGCAUAUCGAAACAAGAAAGUUCAAAGCCUCGCUCCGAGGACAGAGCCAAGUGUAUGAUCUGACACUAGCAAACUGGGACAUUACAUACUACUCCAGUUUAACCACAGUCUUGCGCGCCCCGUCCUUGCCCUCUGCAGGAACAGUCAUCAAUCCCAGAUGUUUGAAGGUAGCACGCCUCGGACUUCAGACCCAUCUGCGUUAUUCUCCCGAGUUCCAACGGUCAGAUUUACUAACAGCGACAGACUAUGCGAACUGGAUCCUCCUGUUUUCGACAUUUGCGCCGUUCAUUGCGGUUUUUCUCCACGCUGUCGUCGCGGCCAGCUUCGAGGAUGUUCUCCUGCUCGAUCAAGUUGUCGACUCGUUGAAGCCCACUCGAGCCGCUUCUCACCGCACGGAGCGCCUUUAUCAAGUCUGCUCGACGUUCGCAAAACUGGCCCGAGACAUUGUCGAGAGGACACAAGGGAGAAGAAGUGAUAUCGAAGGACGCGCACGACAGGAGUCUGUGUGGCCGGCAGACUCCCCGACGCAGGCUCCAUCAGAUCGACAUCAAAGCCUGGACGACAUCUUCGAGUACGGCAUGAUGGGAGACAUUGGAGGCGCAAUCAAUUCUGGGAAUCUGUCAAAUAUUUUGAAUAGCUGUCUCGGUGGAGGACAGUCUUGGGCUGCUGAUCUUUUCGAGACGGGCCCUUAG